AUGUCGCAGCCGGAACAGGGCGGCAGUGCGCAGUGCGAGAAGGACAUGUCGACGUCCAAGAGCAGCUCGAUGUUGCGCCUGAACCAGGAGGGCAGGCGCGGCUCCGCCGAUUGGCCGGACCACGACACCGACUCGGAGGUCAGCGAGAACGACUUCCUCACCAAGGGCGCCUUCCUGCUCACCCCGAGUCACGAGCUCAGCAUGGAGAAGGCCGCCACCAUCUGCGAGAAGAUGAACUUCCGGGGCGCAUUUUCCCUGACGAAAACCGCCACCGGAAUUCUCUUCAAGUUCAGCAAUAUCGACGACUACCAGGCGGUGUAUAAAAAGGGUUUCCACAAAGUGACGGGUGCUCGCUUUUACAAGAAGGUCGCAAUACCGUGUAGACCAGCUAAGAUCUUCACCGUCUACGUGCUGGACGUGCCCGAGGAGCUGCCGGAGGACGAUAUCAGGCACGCUCUCUACAAAUAUCGAUCUAUCGUCGAAGUAACCAGGCUACCCCUCAAUACGGGAACUGUUUUGAAGGCCAUCAAUGACAAGCUAAAGAGCGACGCGCAGAAUCUGAACGAGCCGGCGACGAUUUAUACGGGGCCACCCGUUAUAAGGGUUACCCUGGCCAGCGUGGAGGAGACCUCGAUGCUGCUGAGCCGUGGUUUGGAUUUUUAUGGGGCCACAUAUUUCCCCACCGAAACGCCCCAUCCAGCCGCUCAACCCCUCGCCAAAUACAAAAACAACAGAUGGAUCGAGCUGGCGUCGAUCGGCGCGGGACAAAGAGUGAGGGACCUACUUCCGGUCUUUGACAACGCGGGCUUCAACAAAUUGCCACCUCCGGCGAGCCGUGUAAUAAAACCGCAAAGAAACUGA